CCGCAAAUUGAAACGUCCGGUGUAAGCCAGUGAAACCCAUCCGGUGAACGACUUGCAUGCGCUCGCUCGUGCAUCGACGUCGACGACGUCCACGAUGGCCACAGCCUCAGGCAGCCGCCAGCAGAACCCGUCCCGGUUCUCGUCCUUGAAGGUGUUCAAGUUUGCCUCGACCUCGAAGCCACCACCUCUGCCGCCCAAGGAUCCGUACUACCUGUACAAUCCCUCACUGCCCUCCUUAAAUCACUCGUUAUCCCCGGAUUCGGCAUCAUCGCAACCGCCGACGCCUCUUUCAGCUCAGUACGCAACUCUUAUGCGCAGCCCCUCCCCGUCGCCCUCGUACACCCCGAGUCGCCCCACCGUGUCGCCCGCCGCCUCGUCUACCAUCCUUUCUCCAGAGACUGCAACGCCUGCAGGCUUCAGGCAGGGUUUGCGGAAGCUGUCUAGCUUCGGGAGGCGACCCAAGACUCCCAAGACACCCGACCGGAAUGCUGUAGACCUCCAGCCCCCCGAGCCUGUGGAGGACCCCUCCAUCUCGUUGCCCUGGAACUUCCAGCACAAUGUACAUGUGGACGAGAAGUACGUAUUAUACCCUGAGUGCAUCCGGUUUGCUGAAUUGGUCGUAGCUGUAAUGGGCUCCCACCCACAUGGUCCACACGACUCGCGGAGAUUGGUUUGAGCGACGAGGAAAUCGCGGCAAUACAGUCGCGGAGAGCAGAGGCUCGUUCCAGGCAUGCACAGUCCAUUUACUCACUAGCGACGAGUCGGGACCAGGUUCUUGCUAACGGACAGCCGCCGUCGGUG